CACAGAUCCUUACACCUGGAGGAUAAAAAUAAAGGAUAUCACGCCACCAGUCUUAACAUUUAUCAAUACUCCAUCUCGUUCUGGAGGCGACUUCCAAAUCACUUGGACAGCAAACGAAAAUGUUACAGCUCAAUGCACGGUGCAAACUCCUUCCCAGAUCUUAGGUCAGCCGUGCAAUUGGUCGUGGACUGGAAGCAAUCUAGCCGAAGGCUUCUAUAGCAUUUAUGUUCAGUUAACGGAUUUGGCAGGAAACUCGGCGCCGCCUGCCAGACACUCAUGGUUUGUAGACCGCACACCACCAACAGUUGUCAUAACUUCAAAGCCUGCGUCUCUUAGCAAUCAAAAUCCAUUUACUUUCGGCUUUAACUGUAAAGAAACCUGUACGUUUGAAUGUUCUGCACGUCAACAAGGUAUUAGUCUCGCUUAUUCACAGUGCAACAACUACAGAUACACGGCCAGCAAUCUACAGAACGGACAGACCUAUAUUUUUUACGUACGAGGAACAGAUGACGUCGGGAACCAGGGGAAUCCGGCUAAUUAUACGUGGACAGUUGAUUUACAACCACCAGUUAUCUCAAACAUGGCUUCUCAAACAGUGGAUUGCAAAUCAGAUCUCAGUCCAUCAGUCCUUGGCAAACCUUCAGUCAGCGACAACGAAGGAUCGAACAUCACAUUAACAUACCAAGAUCUUCCUGGAAGUAGCUGCAGCUUUCAAAGAAAAUGGACCGCAACAGAUCAAGCAGGCAACAGUGCCUCGAAAAUACAGGGAAUCAAUCUCAUCAACCUCAUGCCACCGACAGUAAGUUAUCAAGGCAAUGUCACCAUUGCUUGCGGAAGCUUUGACGAACAACAGCAAGACAUGCGCGAUGCCAUCAAUGUCACUCAUCCGUGCAAUCGGCCGAUCACGAUAACGUACGUCGAUUCUGUUCCCACAAUUCUAUGCGCCAGGACUUUCAAGAGAACAUGGACUAUUGCAGAUGACUGUGGGAGGCAAGUAUCUGUUAUCCAACAGAUUCGGAUCUUAGCUCUUCAGUCGCCGGACUAUCCUAAAAAUGGACAAGUUAAUGUGGCCCUGAGAGAGUCGCUUGAGUGGCCUCAGUAUCCGGGAUCUACUAGGUACAAUGUCUACCUUUGGCGGUACGGCUCUACAAAGCCUGCAUCACCAACUUCUCGGACCUAUUAUCGAAGAUAUACUCCCUCUUACCCAGGCUACCCCGCCGACACUAGGAUGCUGUGGAGAAUUGAAUAUGUUCUGAGUUCAGGUGCACUGAUUCCCAGUCCCAUUUGGGGAUUCCAAACCAGGGCUUUUCCGGAUUUUAAAGUAGAGAAGGUCAUAGCACCUCCAAACGCUUUUUCUGGUCUGAAGUUCGAAGUGUCGUGGAUCGUCCGAAAUAUUGGUAAGGUGGGAAAUGCUUUGACAACGUGGUAUGAUAGCGUGUACAUUGGAAAAAGUACUGACUUUCGAAAUGCAAGGCUUGCAACAACUGUCCGACGUAGAGAGAUUCUGUUUCAAAAUGAUGGCUAUACUGCAAAGGGAACAGUUCAACUACAAGUUGACGAGUUCGGAGUGUUUUAUGUUUUUGUUGAAACGGAUAGGUACAACAGAAUAAGCGAUAUCAAUCGUGCAAACGAUGUAUUGUUGGGUAACAGCCCGGUACACGUGUCACUCACUCCCCCUCCUAACCUGAAAAUUGAUAAAAUUGUGCUCCCAAGUCCAGCGCUCUCAGGUAAAGCCAUCAACAUAACGUGGACCGUGAAAAACUUUGGAAUGGGUGUAACUGCCCAUGAUGCAUGGUAUGAUAGAGUUUACCUGUCUAAGGAUGACAAACGAGACUGGUCUGACUGGAUCCUUGGCACAUUUUACCAUCAUGGUACACUGUCUGUUGGUGCAAGCUACAAGCGAAAACUACCUAUUACUCUCCCCAAUGCAAUUUAUGGCAAUUUUUCGAUUUUGAUAGUAACAGACCUUUACAAUGCUGUAUUUGAGCACAACAACGAGGGUGACAAUCUUAAAGCGCAGGCGAUGCGAAUACACUUAAGCCCUCCCCCAGAUCUGGUUGUAACUUCUAUCACGACGCUGGAAAAUUACUACACAGGAGAUGUGAUGGAGGUUCGUUUUAACGUUUCGAACAAAGGCCUCGGUGAACCCUUUAACUAUUGGUGGAGAGAUCGCAUGACCAUCACAAAUACUGCAUCAUUAAGAUAUAAAGUUCUUGGAGUCACCCGAUUUUCAGGAUUGUUUCCGCCCUCCUCGUGGUACGUUAGAACUGUGGAUUAUUUCAUUCCUUCUAGUUGGUCAACCGGACAAUACAACAUCACAGUUUACACGGAUUAUGAUGACGACGUUUUUGAAUUCAUCUUUAACCAUAACAACGAGAAAACCGUACACGUGAAUGUCACACAAAGGUUGCCCGACCUGACCGUCACGCAUGUCAACGUUUCUUUAACCGCUGACGACGUCCAAGCCUAGUUGAGUGUCUCUUUUUCGG